AUGGCAAUCUUCCGAGAUGUCUUGGAAGUCCAUGGCUACGGUUUCUUGCGACAAAGGCCCGGCGGCAGCUUGAACAAUAGCACCGAGGGCGGUACCCCAGAUCUGGAGGUCGCGGGUUUUGCGCGCAAGAUCACGCGGAUUGUGUUGGGCGGCAACCUUUACGAAGUCAACUCUUACGUUGCGGCACUGGACGGAGUGGCUCGGGGCGUCAUUCAUGGAAUCGACCUGAAUAGCCCGCCCAAGGAGCUUAUGACUCACCUAAGGAGGGACAACCUGAACAGGCACCUGCGCAUGCGCACGGGUGAGCGGCCGUUUCGAUGCCCUUCAUGCCCUCAAAGAUCCUCCGAUAGGUCCAACAUGAAACAACACCUGUGCACCCACACUGGUGAGAAGCCAUUUAAGUGCCCUUCAUGCUCUCGCUACUUCUCAAGAAAGAUCACCCUGGACAGGCACCUGAGCAUCCACACGGGUGAGCGGCCAUUUCGAUGCCCUUCGUGCCCUCAGAAAUUCUCCCAGAGGUCCAACAUGCAGCAACACCUGCGCACCCACACGAGUGAGAGGCCAUUUAAGUGCCCGUCAUGCCCUCAGAGCUUCUCAAGAAAACACAACCUGAACAGGCACUUGCGCACGCACACAGGCGAGAAGCUAUUUAAGUGCCCUUCAUGCCCUCGGAGCUUCAUGCAGAAGUUCAGCAUUAAGCAACACCUGUGCACCCACACGGGUGAAAGACCAUAUGAGUGCCCUUCAUGCCCUCAGAGCUUCUCGCAUAAGUCCAGCAUGCGGCCACACUUGUGCAUUCACACAGGUGGUCGACCAUACCACUGCACCGUCUGCUCCAUGUCCUUUCAGCGGCAUGACGUGAGUCAUGCUGAAGCUCGGAGUCAAGACGAACUGGAUGGCGAUGCCUUCUUAGAAACAAUAAGCUCUGACGACCUUGCCGAGCGGCCGCGAGCUGACCCAGAACGAGAAAGCCUUGACGAGUACUUGGAAGGCGAGACUGACUUUGUCUGCAAACAUCGGGACGAUGGCUACUCAGUGCGCGGAUCGCCCAUGGGCCCUCCAAAAAAGCAACCGCGCCAUGAGCAAGUAGCCAGCCCACUCCUCGUCCAAGCCUGUGAUUGA